GAGCACGAGAUGGAAUUCUUCCAUGACGUUGGUUCAGACCCCCAAAAGCCCUCAAUAUUUGAGCUCGUUGCGCAAGAGCAGCUCCACCACCUUCUCCAGCCUGCAUUGAAAUAUGUUUUAGCUGUAUUCGCUCAACGAUACCCUCGCUAUCUUAUACGAAUUGUCAACCGACAUGAGGAGUUCUAUGCCGCGAUCAUGUUUUUUGUGGAACGGCAUUACCUCCGCAAACACAACGCGUCUUUCUCUGAAAACUUCUAUGGUCUGAAGCGUCGGCGUCGGCCAUUCAUCGAAACCCCACGUGCACAAGCAGCAGUUGGUGGUGUACCACCAGGAGAGAAGCUGCGCAAUCAAGAGAUUUGGCCGUCCCUUCUGUUCCUUGUGGGAAUUCCGUAUCUGCGUGCAAAGGCGCAAGAGGGCGGAAUUUCCUCCGAUAUAGAACACACCCAAUCUAAUCGGCUGAGGCAGCAAACGCUUGCCCAUCGCUUUUAUAAGAAGAUUUACCCUUGGCUGAAUACCUCCUUUGAAUUGUGGCUGUUUUCGUCCAACAUCGCAUAUCUGUUUGGCAAGACUGCCUACUACAGGCCUUGGUUAUCUUGGAUAGGUGUAGACCUGCGGCGUCUUGGUUUGGAUGAUUUCCGAGAAGCGGCAAUAAGACAAGGACAACCUUCUACUCAGCCAAAAACUCUCCUUAGUUGGAUUCGCCACCUCAUCUUUUCCUCUCCUCGAAUCCUCCUCGACUCACUCAGGCUACUAUUACCGACUGCCAUCUUCUUUAUCAAAUUCUUAGAAUGGUGGUACUCUCCAAAUUCCCCCGCCCGAUCCUUUUCCACAUCUCCCAUCGGUCCCGCUGUUCCGCCACCACGAAUGCUUCCUCCGCAUCCCCAGGGAGUUCCGUUCGACCCACAAAGCUACGGAAAAUGUCCUCUUUGUCAGGAUGACUUCAAAAAUGCGACAGCGCUACCUUCCGGCUACGUAUUUUGCUAUCGUUGUGCACACGAACAUGUAGAGAAACACGCAAAAUGCCCAGUUACUUUACUACCCGUACAGAUAUGGCAGCUAAGGAAAGUGUUGAUCUAA